CUCUUCAGUCAUCAAACUCUCUUAAAGAGUUGGACCUGAGUAACAAUGCCCUGCAGGAUUCAGGGGUGAAUCUGCUUUCUGCUGGACUGAAGAGUUCACACUGUCAACUGAACAUCCUAAGACUGGUCUUCUGUAAUCUCACUGGUCAGUGCUGUGAAAGUUUGUCUUCGGCUUUACAAUCAUCAAACUCCCAGCUUAGAGAGUUGGACCUGAGCAGCAAUGACCUACAGGAUUCAGGAGUAAAGCUGCUCUCUGUUGGAUUUAAGAGUCCAAACUGUCAACUGAACAUACUGAGGUUAUCUGGCUGUAUGGUUACAGAGGAAGGGUGUGGUUAUGUGUCUUCAGCUCUGCGUUCAAACCCCUCACACCUGAGAGAGCUGGAUCUGAGCUACAAUAACCCAGGAGAAUCAGGAGUCAAGCUGCUCUCUGAAAAACUGGAGGAUCCAAAAUACAGACUGGACAAACUCAAGUAG